ACCUCAAGUGGGAAUGCCAAACCUUAGUUCAGAGUUGGCUCACGGUUUGUGAGAGAGACCGGUGAGUGCAAAUGUGCAAAUUAGUUUUCAUAAUGCAGAAUUUCAAAUGAAGUGGAAUAUGGAAAUAUUGUUGUCUGCGGAGCAAGGGGAGUUUUUUUCACAAGUUAAACUUUCUCUCGGGUCACGGAAACCGACCCUUAAAGAAUGCGUGAGUCAUAAAUUAAAAUAGACCUAAGACUUCAUUCUAAAAGUGAUCCAUUGAAGACAAUACCAGAGAAACAAGACAUUUGUACCAGCUGACACGGUGCUACACGAAACAAGAAAAACAACCUACCAUCAUGAACAAAAGUCUGCCAUAGAGGAAAGCUGUGACUUUCAUGAAUUCAAAAUUCACCCACAAGUGAGAAGAGGGUGUUGGAGUUGAAGUCUCUAUAUUUCUAAUGAUGUCUUCCAAGCGAGCUACACCUCCAUUUCCCCAGGUGACAGAUGAUGAGGAAGCGAUGAGGCAGGAUAGUGCAGGCUGGGCCAAUGACGACAGAGAAGGAAUGGCCUCAACCACGCCUCCUCUGCAUGCCAAACUUCACCAAGAGAAUCACCAGCCAAUUAGAGAUAGCCAACCUGUGUCUGAUUGGGACAGUAUAGGUCCUACUUCCACGGAAAAUGAGAGUAGUAAGGGCUGCUCCUUGUACAACCCGAAUAACUCAACUUCUCCGCCCAAGCCUGAGGAGUGUUCCCGGGAGCGCGGUGAGCUGCUUGGCGGGCUUGCUUUUGGAACGCCAGAACGCCGCAAGGGAAGCCUGGCAGACGUAGUGGACACACUGAAACAGAAGAAACUGGUGGAGCUGACCAAGACGGAGCAGGACGAGUCCCCCUGUGUGGAAAGACUCCUGUCAAAAGACUGGAAGGAGAGGAUGGACAAACUCAAUACCAACGAGCUCCUGGGAGAGGUCAAAGGUACCCCAGAGAGCCUGGAGGAGAAGGAGAGACAGCUGUCCACAAUGAUAGGUCAGCUGAUCAGUCUGAGAGAGCAGCUCCUGGCUGCCCACGAUGAGCAGAAGAAGAUGGCCGCCUCUCAGAUGGAGAAGCAGAGGCAGCAGAUGGAGCUGGCCCGUCAGCAGCAGGAGCAGAUUGCCAGGCAGCAGCAGCAGCUUCUGCAGCAGCAGCAUAAGAUCAACAUUCUUCAACAGCAGAUACAGGUACAGGGUCACAUGCCUCCACUCAUGAUCCCAGUCUUUCCUCACGACCAGCGCUCUCUAGCAGCUGCCGCAGCAGCACAACAGGGCUUCCUCUUUCCGCAAGGAAUGUCCUACAAGCCAGGUGACAACUACCCCAUGCAGUUCAUUCCAUCCACAAUGGCAGCGGCCGCUGCAUCAGGACUCAGCCCAUUGCAACUACAGCAGUUGUACGCUGCCCAGCUGGCCAGCAUGCAGCUCUCUCCCGGAGCCAAGAUGGCCACCGUCCCUCAGCCACCGAACUCUUCCGGGCCACUCUCACCCUCCACCAUGAAAGGAGAGAAGAGAGCGUCAAGUCCCAUCAUCCACAUUAAGGAGGAAGGGUCAACGCAGCCCCUGAACCUGUCGGCUCGGCCUAAGACCUCCGAAGUCCUCCGUUCCUCUACCUCGCCCCCGCACAGCCUGUUCUCCAAGACCAGCCCUUUAGGCCUGGGCAAGGGACGUGUCCCAAGCCCCAUCUCCAGCAUGGGCAGGAACUCCUCACUAGACAUUCUGUCCAGUCUGAACUCCACAGCAUUGUUCGGGGACCAGGACUCUGUGAUGAAGGCCAUCCAGGAGGCCAGGAAGAUGAGGGAGCAGAUUCAGAGAGAGCAGCUUCACCAUCACCAGCAAGGCUUGGAAGCCAAGCUGUCUGCACUGAGCGGCAUGAGUCUUAAUAACGGCAGCAAGGAGCGGAUGCACUUUGAAAGUUUGGGUCAGCACUUGGGGAAGCUGGGGGAGGAGGCCAAGAUGGGUCAUCGGGUCAUAGACCUGACCAGACCAGAAGAUCUUGAUGGGAGCGGUACUACCACAGAGGCACGAGUCUUCAGGGAGGCCAGGGGCCGGAACAGCAAUGAGCCCCACAUCAAGAGGCCAAUGAACGCCUUCAUGGUCUGGGCAAAAGAUGAAAGGAGGAAGAUAUUGCAGACCUUCCCCGACAUGCACAACUCCAACAUCAGCAAGAUCCUUGGCUCUCGCUGGAAGUCCAUGACCAACCAGGAGAAGCAGCCAUAUUAUGAGGAGCAGGCUCGUCUGAGCAAGAUCCACCUGGAGAAAUAUCCAAACUACAAGUACAAGCCUCGGCCCAAGAGAACCUGCAUCAUUGAUGGGAAGAAGCUGCGCAUUGGCGAGUACAAGCAGAUGAUGCGCUCGCGACGACAGGAGAUGAGGCAGUUCUUCAGUGUGGGGCCUCAGCCACAGAUUCCCAUCAGCAACAGCACAGCUGGUGUCUACCCAGGUGCCAUCGCGAUGCCAUCGGCCGCACCCUCUCCACACCUGACAUCAGAGUGCUCCAGUGCAUCGGCCAGUCCCGAGCCCACCAUCCCUGUCAUCCAGAGCACCUUUGGUAUCAAGCCAGAAGCGGGCACCAUAAUGCCCAGUGAGCCAAUCAACGGAGAGGACGAGAUGGACAUGUAUGAGGACUUUGACGAGGAGCCCAAAUCAGACUACAGCAGUGAUCACGAGACGAGGGAAACUGUCAGUGCCAACUGAGGUGCUCAGUAGGAACACCUGUUCUAUUUUUUCUUUUUUUUGGAAAGACAAAGACCGAGACAACAUCCUUUUCAGGGUCUGAGCGUGCUCCCGGGCGUGGGAGCAUGGAUGUGUGAAGCGAACACGCUCAGAUUUCUCAGUGGGAUGAAAUGAAACUGAGCAUGCUUAGACUGCUCCUGUGACAGUAUCUGAUAGACUGAUCACACUAAGACACCAUUUCAGAGGAGAACGCAAAGCAUUCUAAGCAUGCUCAGAUGCCUCCGAACAAACUGAAACAGAGCACGCUCAGACGUCCUCCUGAUAUCUGACUGACAGGAAGCAUGCUCCUCAACUUGACAAUCAAACUAAAACUAAAGCAAGUGAUAAUAGAGAAGAGGAAGAAGAGAUUAGUUACGUGUAUGAAAACAACAUUUUAGUGCGUGGUUUUUAAGGAGUAUGCAUGGAUUUGAGGCAUCGGAAAUUGGUCUUUGACAGCUAUUGGUCUUAAAUGUUUCUUUUAAGUGUGAUGAAGUUUUUAUUAUCAAGUAUUUCCUUUUCGGGAUUUUUUUAUUUUUAUUUGAGGAGACAUUUUUCUGACAGGUUUCACUACUUGUAAAACCUUGGAAUGUCAGAACUUGAAAUGUUAAAGUUAAUAUAAAAGUUAGUAUUCGUAGUCUUACCUAUGUUUUCCUAAGUACAGUACGCCUACACGUUUCUUGACAAAAUGCUUACAAUAUGUUACAUUACUGUUCAUGAUGGGGUGUAAAGUCCCGGCUCAGGUAUGUUGUGCCAGCUUGUGAAUGUGUUUUUUGAUUUCAUAUGAGCGAGUGGUAGAAUUGUUUUUUCAGACUGACAUCAAGACAAGGGGCAAGCAAAUCCUUGUAUAUUAUUGUUAAUAUUAUUGUUAUUGUACAGUUUUUAUUCAAAUGUGCCAAAACUACAUUUGCAUCCAUCUAACAUAUUGUAGUCUUAAUUUUUUCAAAUGCUGCAAAAAAGUCUUACACAAUCAGUUUGUUCUGUCAGAUAAAUACUUAUUUAGAAAUUGCUGGCUGCCCCAACCAUAUACUAGGUAGAGCUCAGGGAGAACAUGAGCAGGUCUUUGCUGCUUGCUCAGUCAGUGUUUUGUAGUCUGAUCCAGUUAUUUCUGACACCCCCUCUGGUGAUGUCAUACCUUUAGAAAGCCUCAUCUACUCCUUUUUGAUUCUGUGUCCGAAUUUUCAAGUCUGCUGUAUUACGUAGUGUUAAUUUCAGCACUUCACUUCCUUGGUUUGAAUGAAACUGGCAGGUGGAUUAAAUGUUUGAAACGCCUAAAAUAAGAACAGUAUAAAAAUGUAUACUUGUGUGAAAAAGUGUGGAAAAACAGGAUGCAGGAAGAGCCUGGUCUUUACCGCCUGUUAGUGUUUUAAUAUGCAAAUUCGGCUGUUACGCAUUUGGGGCCAAAACAAACAAAUCAGCUUUUUUUGGUACUGUACUCCUGUCUCCUGACUAUACUGAUGUUUAGAUUGAGUGUCACAUUUUAAAUUAAGCAGCUUUCUCAUUGUCUCUGGUUUGUGUAGAGAUAGUGAAUAUAACAUGUUCUGCAAGUGAAUCUGCCCAUCUUAAUUGACAAUAAGUCUUAAAGUUAGACUUAAGUCUUAAAGAUUUUUGAGUAGGCUCUUAAGUAACUCAAGUUCCCAAGACAUGAUGAGGCCGACUAUGUGUCCUUUACUGUAUUAUACAUGGUUACUUAAGACAAACCAAUACAAAAUGGGUUUACAAUUCAAAUUCCCUCAUUAAAUGACAAACCAAAUCUUUGGUUUUUCAGGAAAUUUUUGUUUGAAAAAUAGUUCAACAUUACCUCUUGCAUAUUUAAAAACUAUAAUGUUUCUGUAAUGCAUGUAUAUAUUUUUUUUUACUGAUAUGUCAAGUAACUUAGAAUUAUACAUUUCUUAGUUGUCACUCACAAGAUCCUGUUUUAAAUUCUCCUCCAUUUAGAAAAUAUUUCAAAUUUGACACCUGUUUUAAGUGGUUUGGAGCAACUGCAGUAUGUGUGCUGGUUGGUUUGUCUUUGGUUUUGUAUGUCCUAAUGACCAUGUUGAGCAAAGCAUUUGUUAGAGGAAGACUUUUAUUGAGUUUUAUUUUGCUUGCAUCACAGAAGAAGAGUUAGUGUUCGCCUCAUGCAUAGACAUUGUUUAAAGUGUCACACACAUCAUAAGCACUGGAUAUAAGUGGUAUUUUUCAGUACUGACUAAUGUGAAGUUGCUGUUAGAUGAAAAACAAUACAAAUAAAAAGACACACACGUCAUCGAUUUGGACUCGUGAGAAGAUCUCACGUUUGCCAGGUUUGGGUAAACUGUCAAAAAUCUUUUACUUUUUCAAGAAAAUCCUUUGUUGUAGCACCAGCGCUGCCUGAAGGGUCAUGAGAAGAUAAGUUGUGCCCUACAGAUGGAAACACUGGUUUCCCGUUCGCACACAUUUGUGUUAAAUAUUGUAUUUGAAAUUUAGUUUUAACAUGUUGUUGUAUUUAUUAGCCAGUGUUGGCUCUAAAAGUGUCAGUACAACUUGGUGAGAUAAGACAAUCAGAAAAAUAAAGACUGAGAUUUCCUUAAAAAUGUACUGUUUUGGUUAUU